ACAUAUUCAUAUACUUGCCUGCACUUGCACAGUAAUCAGGCAACUCCUCUUUAUGUUUCUGAGAUGAAACAUUUAUUGUUAAAAUGCAUUAGUUACAUUGUAAUAAUGUGCUAUAGUUGCCUGUGAGUGUGGAGGAUGGGACAUUGAGGUUGUGGUCUGAGCCCCUCUACACAAGUUUCCUGCAAGCUGAUGCUGACACUUUUGAGAUAAAAACUUAGCAUGCAAAGGAACCCUUGCAGAAUAUUCGUGAAAUGUACAAGUGCACACAAUGAAUAAGGAAGCUGCCUGUUAUGCCUACUUCCCCAGUAAUGCAAGCCUCCGAUUCCAGAGAUGUACACCAUGGAUUCCAUUUCUACUGCUUUUUGUUGCCACAGCCCAAGGGAUCAAUGUUAUGGAAGAAAAAUUCCUUCUGGAGCCCAAUGAUCCUGACCAGCCCAACUGCUUUGCUGUAGCUUAUGAAUCCUUAACAUGUUUUUGGGACGAAGAAAAUGAAAUGGACAAUGCAACAUAUCAUUUUUUCUACAACUAUCUUGGAUACGACAUAAAAGAAUGCCCCCUUGUUUCACACACAAUUAAAAACAACACCAGCCGCCACAUCUGUAAUUUUCCUGAAUAUGAUAUCCUGUUAUUCACUCUAUUAGUCAUUGCAGUAAAAGCACACAACGGGGAAGAAAUUAAAUAUAACAGAACCUUAUUUGUGGAUCAAAAAGGAAUCUUUCCCCAACCUACAGAUGUGAAAGUCUCAUUAAAUGGAAAUCUUGGUCAGCUCCAUGUCAGUUGGACUCCAUAUCUAUCUAUCUGGGGACUGCAACAAAUUUACCAACUUCAGUACUCAGUAGUGGAGCCCGAAUAUUCAGGGCCGACACAGGUACUGCAAAUAGAAUAUAUUUACAGCAACUCAUACCUUCUCCAAGGUUUACUUCCUGGGAUCACCUAUGAAGUGAAGGUGCGUUCAAGGCCAAAUAAUAAUGAAGAAAUAGAUGGCUUCUGGAAUUCCUGGUCACAAAGUGCUUAUGCAAGAACUCCUUUUUCUGCAGAUGAUGUCAACCUGCACUGUUUCACUGCUGAUCUAAAGUAUGUAAUCUGUACAUGGAACUCAAGCAAAGAAAUGGAGCCUUACAACUUCUACAGCUUAUACUACCAAACCAGUGAUAACACAUGGAGUCAAUGCCAGCAGCAAAACUAUACCAUGGAAGGAGACACCAUCAGUCACUGCUGCCUGUUUUAUGUCCAGAACCAAGGAAAGAAUACAGUCACUGUGAAACUGACCGCACCUCUAUUUGAGAAAACCUUCUACAAGGAACCAUUUCAGAUGGAGAACAUAGUUCGUCCGUAUACCCCAGAGAUUCUAUACAGCAAUCAUACCCAUGGGAAACUGACUCUCCAGUGGAAAGCACCCAUUAAGGAAUUAGAAGACCACCUACAUUACCAGAUUAGAUACUCGAUGGAUAAUUCAUCUGAAUGGCAGCUCCUGCAAAUACAGCAAUCUGUUACACAAAAGACACUUGAUAUGGUUCCCAGCAAAACAUAUGUUAUCCAAGUCAGGGCCAAACCAAAUGGCAAUAAAUAUAAUGGCUUCUGGAGCAGCUGGUCCGAUAGCAUCUCAUUAACAGACAUGUCCAUCUCUGAUGGAAUUUCUGGGUUAUCAGUUGUGAUGAUUGUGGUUGCUGGCAGUCUCAUCUUAGUGUUGACAGCACUCAGCAGAUGUUACUUUCCAUUUCUUUUCAGGAAGAUCAAAGAGAAAAUUUGGCCUCCCGUACCAGACCUGGACAAAGUACUAGAAGGCAUCCUUUUGGAAAUUAGCAAGAAGCAAUUCCAGUCUCUUCCACCUUUCUGUGAAAAGGUAUAUGAAGAGGAUGCCCUUCCUUCCCUUGUUGAAAUCCUCUCUGAAAUUAAAGCAGGUCAAGACAAGGAUCAGGCUGGUAACUCACGGACAAAUUGUACUCGAUAUGAAGGUACAACACGCACAGACAGUAACCAUCAAGAUUAUGUUACCUUGGAUCCCAAAAGUUCCUUCGUACAGCAUUUUGGAAAUGAAUAUAUCGAUGAGCAGAUGAUAAUUAACCUCUCCCCACAAGGGCGCUUAUUUAGAUCCCGUAGUGCCUCUGACAUUGACUCUCCAACAAGACUUGAAAAUACACCAACAGAGGCUCUACUUGGUUAUAUGGGACAAUCAUGUGACCUACCACGCAUUGGGCAAACAUACUCAGAAUGUUUAAACACUGUACAUAAUCAAAUAGACCUACUACAGUACCCUCCUAUAUCAGAGUACCAAACUAUGGUUUUAACAGACAUCUCAAAUCGCAUCUAUAUUAUGAUGAGUCACUCUGAACCAGAUAUUCUGUGAAGGACCAAUACUGCAUCAUCAGAAAAUGACUGAUCACCACAAUUCUGCAUCUUGGCUGAAAAUAUUUUGACCACAGUUUCAGUUUCUUUUACUGUAAAUAUUUAUUAACUGUAAUCUACUUUUAAAUAGUUGAAAUAGGUAUCUCUUUUUAUAGCAAAUAAGUAAAUAUAACAGCGCAAGUUCCACUUCAGCUGUCUCCACAUUAUAUCAUAUCUGCUGUUUAGCUCUGUGGACCCAUGUACCACAUACUUCUGCUAUCUUUAUUAAGUAUUGUAAAAUGUUUAGAUGGAUUUGGCAGUACAGAACACAACCUUAAUAUUUUAGCAGAAGGACUGUAAAACAAUAUAUAUUUCAUUUUUGUGCCGUCUUGUGUACAUGCACAAGUCAGUAUACAGGUUUGCAAAGACAGUGAGUGCUCCCGGGUGUCCAGGUAACACUCUUAGGGGCUCCUGGAUACACCUCUGCUCAGACCUACCCUGAUCCCAUAUUUCCUCAACUAUAUAUGCAUUUUUGGGUUCCUUUGUGCUGACAGAUAUGCAGGAUAAGCUAUAUUGCUUACUAAUUAACAAGUCAGUAAUAACAGUCAAGAUUCUUACUCAAAAACAUCAGCACAACCUCCCCAAUGAUAAGAACCACUAUGAAGUUUCUGUCCAAUUGCACUGUUGCCAUGAAACAGCAGGGUAAUUGUAUAGCACUAUAUGAAGGUUCAGUCUUACUUAAGGGUUGACAAGGAAAGCAUUUUAAUAUGGACAAAAUACAGCUAUCUUUCUAAACAUAUCCUUGUAGCACUUAUGAUUGCAAUUAUUGUUUUUAAUUAAUUAUAAUGGAACAUUUGCUUGUCCUUAUUUGGAUGAGAAGCACUGUCAACGGGGCAAACACGAGAUAUCUUAAUGUUUGUCAGACAAAAUCUAUAAGGGAAUGUAAGUUAUGAAUCAUCGCACCCAACAGCAGCUUUGUUUCAGGGUAAUGUAGGACUACUUUCAAUAAAGGUCUGUUGUAUUAAUGAGAUUUAUAUAAAGUCAGGGCAUUUAGUAAGUCAUGAUAAAUCAUCUAAAUACAUAUGUAAAGAUAAGCUUGUCUGGUAGAAUAACAGUUGUUGACAUUCCAAACCAAAAAUUGUGCAUUCUUUCUUUAACCUACAGACGAUAAGGUGCUGAGAGUUCACAGCUGUAACUUUGUGAUGCACUAUAAGAAAGUCAUUAAAUCUCUAAAGCUGCAUUUCAGAUUUUUUUCUAUAUAAAACAGAAAAUGAAUGGUGUAUUUUAAACACAGUAAUUAAUGACUGCACAAGUGGUACAAUACUAUACCCACUGCUGCAUACUAUAGAUAGCAAAUGUUAUGAUGUGUAUAUGCAAAUAUUAAUGGUGUUUACAUUAGACUGUCUAAUAAACAACAAAUUAAAGGAU